CAGUAGCUUUCAGUACCUUUCAGACACUCGAAGUGGAGUGGCAUAAAGCGAGCUUGAGGUGGACUUUCGCGCGUGAUUGUGUGUGAUUCCCUGCUAAUCUUUUAUGCUACAGCUUUAAUCUCAAGUGCUUCUGCUCCAGUUCCUCUUUUGUGACCACCAUCCACCGUAUUUGAGACUAACUGGGUGGAAUUUUGGGCCACAAUGGUGGAGGACAAUCGAUCUAUCGACAUGGAGGCGCCGGAAUUCAAGGAGUUUGCCAAAGAGAUGGUGGAUUAUAUCGCCAACUACUUGGAAAAUAUCCGAGACAGGCGUGUUCUGCCCACCGUGCAGCCAGGCUACUUGCGCCCGCUGAUCCCCGACGAGGCGCCCCAGAAGCCCGAGAGCUGGCAGGAUGUGAUGGCUGAUGUGGAGCGUGUGGUGAUGCCCGGGGUUACGCACUGGCACAGCCCACGCUUCCACGCGUACUUUCCCACCGCCAACUCCUACCCGGCCAUCGUGGCUGACAUGCUGAGCGGCGCCAUCGCCUGCAUUGGCUUCACUUGGAUCGCCAGCCCGGCGUGCACAGAAUUGGAAGUUGUGAUGUUGGACUGGUUGGGCAAGAUGCUGGAUCUUCCCGGUGACUUCCUGGCAUGUUCUGGCGGCAAGGGAGGCGGAGUGAUCCAGGGCACCGCCAGUGAGGCUACUCUGGUUGCUUUGUUGGGCGCCAAAGCUAAGACAAUGCAACGCGUAAAGGAAGAACAUCCUGAGUGGGAUGAGGCGACAAUUGUGUCAAAGCUCGUGGGAUAUUGCUCACUUCAGGCGCACUCUUCUGUGGAACGCGCUGGCUUGUUGGGUGGCGUAAAAUUGCGCUCUCUGAAGGCGGAUGAGAAGAACAGUCUUCGUGGUGAAACUCUGGAGGCGGCUAUUAAGGAGGAUCUGGCAGCCGGGCUGAUUCCUUUCUACGUCGUAGCCACGCUAGGUACGACAAACUCCUGUGCUUUCGAUUGUCUGGAGGAAAUUGGACCGGUUGGGAACAAGCAUGACAUCUGGGUUCAUGUGGACGCCGCAUACGCGGGAUCAGCUUUCAUUUGCCCAGAGUACAGGUAUCUCAUGAAGGGCAUCGAGACGGCUGAUUCGUUCAACUUCAACCCGCACAAGUGGAUGCUGGUCAAUUUCGAUUGCUCGGCUAUGUGGCUCAAGGAUCCGCGCUGGGUCGUGGACGCUUUCAAUGUGGACCCGCUUUAUCUGAAGCACGACAUGCAGGGCUCAGCUCCGGACUAUCGUCACUGGCAAAUUCCACUUGGACGUCGAUUCCGAGCCCUAAAGCUCUGGUUUGUGCUGCGUUUGUACGGCAUUGAGAAUCUCCAGGCACACAUUCGUCGCCAUUGCGGCUUUGCCAAACAAUUUGAAAGCCUCUGUCGGGCCGACGAUCGUUUUGAGAUUGUCGGGGAUGUGAAUAUGGGGCUAGUGUGCUUCCGCCUCAAGGGAUCCAAUGAACUCAACGACACUUUGCUGAAGCGCAUCAAUGGUCGCGGCAAAAUCCAUUUGGUGCCCUCUAAAAUCAACGACGUAUUUUUCCUUCGUAUGGCCGUUUGCUCGCGAUUCACCGUGUCUACGGACAUGGAAUUUUCCUGGCGGGAAGUCUCAGCGUCCGCUGAUGAGGUACUUGCGGACAAGACGAUGAAGAACGGACACGCCUAAGCUAGACAAUUCACAACUUCACACCGUAUUUAUGAGUAACACUUUAAAUCGAAUGGGAACAAUUUUUCUUCUUUUUGUGAAAAUAUACAUACAUCUAUUGAUAGAUAUUAAGAGACAAUAAAGCUUUCUGUGUAUUGAAA